CACACUUAAAUUAGUGGAAAUUUAAUUCAAUUCAACGUCUUAAUUUGUGUAUCGUGUUUUAAUAAUCAUGUGUUAAUAAAGUCACAAAAUGUAGAUGUGUCUCAAAAAAAAAAAGAAAAUUACUUUUUUUUUCGGACUGAAGAAAAUUCAAGGAUGUGUUGGCUCGUUUUUCAUCGAAGCCGUAGCAUACUCUUAGUGUCGUCAUUGUUAAUACUGUUUGGAAUAAUGCAUAUUGCAAAAAUAGAAAGAAUGAAGUGAAGAAGGAAGAGGAAAAAGUGAAAAAUCCAGCAGGAAAAAGUUCACAAAAAUAUAUAUUAAAUAAAAAAUACAUAAAAUAAAGUGCAUGUGGAGAAGUGAAAUUCAAUUUUAUUUAUGUACGAGUCACUAGCAAUAAGUUUAACCUGCUUGAAAUAUUAAAAAAAAAAAGGAAAACGUUCCAUCACAAAAUAAAGAAUACAGACGUAGAGACUUAGUUAUUUAAUCGAUAUAUACAUAUAGCUAGUUAGUGAACACAAAGACACGUUAAAAAAGUGAAAAAAAAAAUAUAAAAAUAAAAAACUUAAAAUAAUGUCUGGUGGAAAAGAAAAAAAGUCUAUACGCGGGAGUAAAGCACAAGGCUGGGAGGAAGCUGGAUCAGAAUUUUAUCAAGAGAGUUAUCCUGGAGAUAUCGAUAAUAUUCAACGUGAUCCAUCAAAACUUGCAACUUUACUGCCAUCAAAACAGCGUGUUGCCACAAAUCGGCGCGGUCGGCAAACACAUCAGGAGUUUAAGACAACACGUCGUAGAAAUAGUACACUGACAGCAACGAGAACGUUUCGACGUGGCUCACAAUAUCAAGAGAUACAAGUAGCAACGCUGCCUGAUUUGUCGGAAAAUUUAAUCAAUGAAAGUCAAACGUGGGAGGAAAUUCGCGAAAUUAAAGCGAUGCCGGUUCAUAUGGCACAGAAACGUGAACUUAAGAAUCAAUUACAGAAUGCAACAAAAUUACGAUUGCAAGGCUUUGAGCAGAUUAAAUGGAAGAGACGGAAAGCGUGGCAGAAGAUAAUGAGAAAAUGGAGUGAAUAUCUCACAAAAAUGGAAUUGUGGCGAUCGUCAUUAAAGAAAAUCGAGGGAAAUUUCGGCACCGGAGUUGUUGCAUAUUUUGUAUUUCUACGGUGGCUGAUGGUCCUCAAUCUUCUCAUCUUUACAAUCAUUUUCAUGUUUAUUGUACUGCCUCAGCUCAUAUUGAAUGAGCCAAAAGAUUUACCAUGUGAUCUCAAUGCACAACCCGAACUCAAACCCCGAUGGAUAUCAAAUGUCAAUAAUUCAGAUAAUGGAUAUUAUGAGGAUACAUGGUACUAUCCUAAUACGACAGUCCAGUGUUGUCGUGAGGCAUACAAUAAUGAGAUUAAGCAUAAUCGAAGUGAUUUUUCAAUAUUACAUAUUGUACAAGGUACAGGAUUUAUGGAAAAGACAUUUCUAUUUUAUGGAAUGUAUACAAAUCAAAUUUAUGGAUAUGAUCCAUUAGCUAAUAGUCAACAAGAACAAGAUAAGACAAAUAAGUUAAGUAGCAGUAGUAGUGAUGUGCAACAUAAUUCCCCAUUUAUGUAUAGUCAAAAAGACGAUAAUUUCUCAAUCGAUGAGAAGCAUAAUUCAUCUUCGGUAAUGAUGAGUGCUUUGCUGGGAUUUAAUGACAAUAGUACUAGUACAUUAGCAGCAGAUCUCACAAAUUUUACAACAUGGCGUGAAUUUUUUAACAAUCUGGAUAUUUAUUACGAUUUACCGCUCGCAUACAUAAUCGUUACGAUAGUUUGCUAUCUUUACACGCUCGUUGCAAUCGUUAAAGCUGUUGCGCAUGAAUUUAAGGAUCGUCUUGUGGAGGGCGAAGGGCAGUUUUAUCAAUAUUGUAAUUUGAUAUUUUGUGGAUGGGAUUUUAGUUUGCAUAAUGAAAAAUCAGCACAAAUUAAGCAUAAGGCACUAUAUAAUGAAAUACAAAGUUUAAUGCACAUAAGACGAUACGAAUUCGAGAGAAAUAAUCGAACAAGAGAUAUCAUGAUUAAGCUAUAUCUUAUACGUAUGUUAAUUAAUUUCUUCGUAUGUGUUAUUCUUGUGAUUUGUGGUGUAGUCAUAUUCUUCCUAUUCAACGUGUCAUUCAUGCGUCUGGAGCCGAAUUUCGAGACAGUCACUCGAUAUCGUAGUUUUAAUGUUUUCAUGAGUAAAGUAAAGAAAUUGACAUCUGGUGAAGAGACAACAACUGAUGUUGAUGCACAAUUUGAUAUAUUAUUCUUCGAAUUCCUACCAUACGUAGCUAUUGUCAUCUUUAACUUACUCGUGCCAAUCUUAUUCAACUAUCUUAUACAAUUUGAACAAUACUCGCCACUUUUCGUCAUUAAAAUGAAUCUAUUUCGUACUAUUGGACUACGUUUGAGUUCAUUGGCUGUAUUGCUUAGCCGAUUCUAUUAUCUCAUCACAACACGAAAUGAAGAUUCUGAAAACAUUGAAUGUCAUAAUGUACGCUACGGUACACCUCAAUGCUGGGAGACUUUUAUUGGACAGCAGUUCUUUAAAUUGUUCAUUGUUGACUUCGUAACGCACAUCUUCGUGACAUUCUUUAUAAAUUUCCCGCGAGCACUUAUUGCACGUAAUAUGAACAAUGCAUUUUCGAAAUUUAUCGAAAUAGAUUUUGAGCUUUCAAAACAUGUACUGGAUGUUGUAUAUUCGCAAACUCUCUGCUGGCUUGGAACAUUCUAUGCGCCAUUUCUGCCUGCCAUUGCUGCUGUACUCAUAUUCUUCAUGUUCUAUAUAAAGAAAUUUGCGUGCCUGGUUAACUCAAAGCCAUCAGCCAUACUGUAUAGAGCUAGUAGAUCAAAUUCACUAUUUAUGAUAAUUCUUCUAUUUAGUUUUACAAUCGCAAUAAUUCCCGUAGUUUAUGCAAUUGCUGAAGUUAUUCCAUCGAGAAGUUGUGGACCAUUUAGUGGACUCAAUUCCGUUUGGGAGCGUGCCAUAGUUGCAUUCAAUAAAUUACCAGUUGUGUUACGUGACAUUAUCUUCUUCUUCGGAACAUCAUCAUUUGCCAUUCCAUGUUUUAUUGUAUUAAUCCUCUUCCUAUACUAUUAUUAUUCUGUAUCGGCAGCUAACAAGCACAUGGUUCAAGUACUCAAGAAUCAGCUUGUUCUUGAAGGACAUGAUAAACAAUUUCUACUCAAUCGACUUAGUUUGUUUAUUAAGCAACAACAAGAAUAUCAGAAGCGAAUACAAAGACAAUUUUAUGAUCAAGCGAGUACGACAACUAAUUCACAGCAGUCACAAUCGCAAGGUAUUAAUAUUGACACGAUACCACCACCGCUUUUACCGCGUGCACCACGCAGUGAAACUGGAAGUAACGAUCGUAGUGAACGAUCAUCUGUUGAGAUUAAACAUCAUACAAGAAUGUCCAAGGAUAUUGGUGAUAUAUAAAAAUUAAGGCAAAUUAAUGAUAAUAAAUUAAGUUAAGAUGGUGAAAAAUAAGUUUACAUUUGUAGAUUUUGUCAUGGGUUUAAUUGAUGUUUUCAUGAUGAUUCCAUAAAAAAUGCAGCUUAAACUUUUUAAUUAAAAUAAUAUUAAAUUUUAAAAUUGUGUGUUUAAAGAAAUCACUAAAAAGGCAUCUAGGAAACAAUUUUUAAGAAAAAAAAGGUCCCACACAAAGAAAAGUGAUAUUUCAUUUAGUUUUUUUAGUACAUAAAUGGAAUUAUUUUUUUUUGUGCUUGUGUAUUUAUCGUCCUUAGUUGUUUAAGACUAGUUUACGGAUAAAAAAGAACGAAAUGGAGAGAUUUUAUUUUCAUAUGAAGAAAAAGAGAUUUUAUUGAUUAAAGAAUGUGUUGAUUCAUGCCAGAA